UAUAUGGCUUGUAUCAUGCAAGGUCAUAGAAUUGGAGUUUCAUACUAUGAUUCCAGUAUCCGACAGCUUUACGUGCUUGAGUUCUGGGAAGAUGGAAGUGAAGAUUUCCCGUUGGUAGAUAUGAUAAUAUAUCAAGCCAAACCAUCCAUCAUUUACACAAGCACAAAAAGCGAGGAGCUGUUCUUGGCUGCUUUACAAAAAAAUGACGGAACAAGUAAUGCAGCUACUGUAAAGCUUGUCAAGAGUUCAGUAUUCAGCUACGAGCAAGCAUGGCAUAGAUUAAUGUACCUUCGGGUCACAGGGAUGGAUGAUGGGUUGAACAUAAAGGAAAGAAUGUCUUUUCUGAACUCCAUGAUGGACAUUCAAAGUGAGGUCCAAGUUCGUGCAACUGGAGGGCUUCUUGCGGUUCUAGAGAAUGAAAGGAUUAUAGACACCCUUGAACAGAAGGAGUGUGGAAGUGCAUCCAUUGCUGUUGACUCAGUCAUUGAAAUCUCACUAAACAAGUUUCUCAAAGUUGACUCAGCUGCACAUGAGGCACUGCAAAUAUUCCAAAUUGACAAACAUCCAAGCCACAUGGGGAUUGGCAGGGCAAAAGAAGGGUUCUCUUUAUUUGGAAUGAUGAAUAAGUGUGUAACGCCAAUGGGCAGACGUCUUUUGAGGAACUGGUUUUUGAGGCCUAUACUGGACAUUGAGAAACUGAACAAGCGUUUUGAUGCUAUAACAUUCUUCCAUUCUGCUGAAGAACUUUUGGCCUCUUUGCGUGAAACACUGCAGUCCAUAAAAGAUAUUCCUCACAUACUCAAGAAGUUCAAUUCUCCAAGUUCUUUGUGCACAAGUAGCGACUGGAAAGCUUUUGUAAAGAGCAUUUGUUCUCUCUUGCACAUAAACAAAAUAUUUGAAGUUGGCAUUUCAGAAAAUCUUCAAGAAGAAUUGAAGUAUUUGAACUUGGACAUUGUUGAACAGGUUGAAUUUUACCUAUCUGCGGAUCUGGCAUAUGUCUAUGAAUUGGUUGUUGGCGUUGUUGAUGUGAAUCGAAGUAAGGAUAAAGGUUAUGAGACUAUUGUUAAAGAUGGUUUUUGUGAUGAGUUGGAUGAGCUGAGGCAAAUAUAUGAGGAGUUGCCAGAGUUUUUGGAAGAGGUUUCAUCAGUGGAACUCACACGGCUGCCUUACAUGUCUGGAGACAAGUUCAUUCCUUGUAUUGUGUAUAUCCAUCAGAUAGGGUACUUGAUGUGCAUUUUCCAAGAAAAUCUUGACAAAAGCAUGUUGGAAAAACUUGAAGAUUAUGAAUUUGCUUUCUCCGAUGAGGAUGAGAAUACUAAGAAAUUUUUUUAUCGCACUGCAAAGACACGGGAAUUGGAUAGCCUUCUUGGAGAUCUAUAUCAUAAAAUAUUGGACAUGGAGAGAGCAAUCAUUGGGGACUUAGUUUCUCGGAUUCUUCAGUUCUCUUCACAUUUAAAACAAGGUGUUAAUUUUGUUGCUGAGCUUGAUUGUUUCUUGUCUUUAGCAUUGGUUGCUCGUCAGAACAAUUAUGUGAGGCCCAUUGUAACUGCUGAAAAUUUGCUUGAUAUACUAAACGGAAGACAUGUACUUCAGGAAAUGACAGUAGACACAUUCAUACCCAAUGAUACAAAGAUUCUGCAUGACGGAAGGGUUAAUAUCAUCACUGGCCCUAAUUAUUCAGGAAAAAGCAUCUACAUAAAGCAGGUCGCAUUGAUAGUUUUCCUUUCACAUAUUGGGAGUUUUGUACCUGCUGAUGCUGCUAUUGUGGGCUUGACGGAUAGGAUAUUUUGUGCAACUGGGAGCAAAUUCAUGACAGUUGAACAAUCAACGUUCAUGAUUGAUUUGCAUCAAGUGGGAGUGAUGCUAAGGCAUGCAACUUCUCGAUCAUUGUGCUUAUUAGAUGAAUUUGGGAAAGGCACGCUUACAGAAGAUGGCGUUGGUCUUCUCGGUGGAACUAUAAACCAUUUUGUCUCGUGCUAUGAUCCUCCUAAGGUUUUUAUCUGUACUCAUUUGACUGAGCUAUUUGACAAUAGCUGUUUGCUGGAGUGUGACAAGGUCAAGUAUUACACCAUGAGCGUGCUGAAUCCAGACAAUAAAGAGAAUGAUAUUGAAGAUAUAGUGUUUUUGUAUAGGUUGGUUCCUGGACGUGCAGCUCUUAGCUAUGGUCUACAUUGUGCACUUCUUGCUGGAGUAUUCGAGGGAGUCAUAAAAAGAGCAUCUCUUGUGUUGGAUGCUAUUCAAGACAACAAGCACAUUGAGCGACUAAGCAAUGAGAAUAUAUCUGCUCGGGAUCAGCAAUACAAGAAUGCAGUGGACAAAGUGUUAGCUCUUGAUGCCCUCAACGACGAUCUAUCUGUCUUCUUUCAAGACGUUUUUCCUUAAGCGCAACAUAAUUGCUAUGCUUUUCUGGAUCAUGCGCAUUCUAUGGCUGCAUUGCUGUGAAUUCUGUUCUUUUCAGAUUGUUAUUCAGCAGAUAUUUGUUUUGAAUAACGGGAACUUGGGCAUAUGCUUCUGUAGGAGUUAUAAGCAGAGAACCAAAUAAUAGUGUAGCAUUCUAUGUCUGUUCAAAAAUGCUUCUCACAAAUAUCCUCAUUUAACUUCGAGGAUAAUCUGUUCUUUU